ACAAGGAGUUGGAUACAGCCAAGUACAGUGGUCACGUGCAAGAAGAGAUACAGCCCUGGAGUCAGCUGGAGACGCUCAUGGAUUUGUUGUGAACUUUUGAAGAUAUGCAAACAGAAAUGUCUCUCAGGUCUAAGGGACGGGAUCCCGGACGCAAUCUGAACGGUAACGGAAAAAAGCAGGCUCCGCCACAACAAACUCAAUUAACUUUUUAAUUGUUUAUGGAGGUUUUGGAUAAAAAAAUUUGCUGAACUACAACAAUUUUUUAAAGAAGAUAUGAAGGCUUUUCAAGAGUACAUGGUUAAGACGGAUUUAGUAAUUAAACAGCAACAAGCUCUUAUUGCGUCUCUGCAAGAAGAUGCUCGGAAGCGAGAUUUGACUAUUGAAAAACUGCAACAGGAUUUAAUUUCAACCAUUAAGCUGAUGGAAGCCCUUAAAGCCAAGAGUGACGAUUUUGAGAAUCGGUCCAGAAGACAGAACUUACGUAUACUUGGUCUUCCAGACGGCAUAGAAAAAGAUGACCCUUCGAAAUAUUUUGCUCAACUUUUAAAAGAAGCGUUUCCGACGAUUUUCCUGAAUAACCCUCCUUUAUUGGAUCGGGCACAUAGAAUUCGGCGUCGAUCACCGAGUGCUACAGACAAACCUUUGGUGGUAAUUGUCCGGUUCCAUUAUGUACAUGACAAAGAACAACUUAUAAGAGCAGCUCGUCGAGCAGGAAUGAUUAAAUUCAAAGAAUUUUGCUUCCGCCUGGUCGAAGACUUUAGUCCUGACCUUUUAAAAAGAAGGCUUCUUUUUAAACCGUUGAUGGCUGAAUGUUAUGAGAAAAAUCUGAAACCUGCGCUUCUAUACCCUGCGAAGCUUAGAAUUUCUCCGUCGAAUGCUCCACGACAGGUUUUCAUUUCAACUUCAGAAGCGAGAAAAUAUCUGGAGGAGAACUUCCCUACUGCUACAGACACCGGUCUCUAAUAAAUGAACGAUUCUGAUCGUGUAAGAUGGUUCUCGAUCUCUUAAACCAGAAUUAAAAUCUGGUUAUUGGUGUAGGUUCAUCCUACACUUUAUACUUAAGUUAAAGUGUGUUUUCGUCAUAUUAAUUGUUUUGCCUUAUACACUUUAAUCAUUUAACUACAUACUUGUCCAUUAACUUUGUUCCUUCGAAGGUAUAUUUUUAAUUCUUUGAAGGUGAAUUUUUCUUUGAUUAAGAUGGUGGUUUUUUGAAAAAGAUUUUUGGUUUUGCUUAAGAUGGCGUUAUGUUUUUACUUUUUUCGCCUUUUUCCUACAAUGCAUUGCUUAUCAUAGCUUAAAUAUUUUUUGUUUUGUCUGGGCUAGAGCCUGAUUUAUAAUUUUUUUAGUGAUUAUAUUUUUAUUCUUUUUACAACUAACUGUACUUAGAAAUAUGGUUUUUAUUAUAGCGAUUUUAAUUUUUAAAGAUGGGGUGAUUCUUUUAUAUAUAUCCUUUAUAUAUGGAGUGUUCUUCAGCUGACAUGGGGGUAGGAUUAGUCUUACUUUUUCCCUUUUUAAGUCAUAUUUUGGCUUUUUCUCUUUUUCUUGGGGGGUGGGGGGAUGGUCUGUUUUCUAAUUCUAUUUUUUUUGUACCAGUUUGUGUUAGUUUUUUAAUUUGGGCUGUUUUUGAACUUCAAAUAUGUCUGUGUUGUCAUCACUUCCGGGUCUUCUCUUUACUUUUGUUCCUCUUCCGGGUGCAUGAGUUUAUAAGUUGGUUAACCCUUUCUAUAUCAAAGGGUUGAUUUUAGAAUUAUGGCUCAGACCAUUAAUUUUGUGUCUUGGAAUACUAAUGGUUUAAAUCAUCCAAUUAAACGAAAGAAGAUUUUCAAAGUAUUCCAAAGACUUAAUGCUCAUAUCAUUUUUGUACAAGAAACUCAUGUGAGGAAGGAGGACAAAUUUUGUUUUUUUUAGAUUUUGGCGGGGUCAACAGUAUCACGCAAAUUCGAAUGCUAAAGUAAAAGGAGUUUCAAUUUUUAUUGACUCCUCUAUUUCAUUUGUUCAUCAUGAUAUUUUUUCGGAUCCGAAUGACAGAUUUUUGUUAAUUACGGGUUUACUUUGUAAUAAAAAGGUUGCUUUGGUUAAUGUUUACGCUCCAAAUGUGGAUUGUCCUGACUUUUUUAAGUCUUUAUUUACCUCUUUACCCAAUCUAAACAAAUAUAAGUUAAUAAUGGGUGGAGACUUUAAUUGUUGUUUAAAUCCUCUGAUGGAUAAAUCUUUAUCUAUUCAGACUUUACCUAAUAAGUCGGCCACUUGUAUUAACUCUUUUUUGACUGACAAUGGAGUUUUUGAUAUUUGGAGAUUCCGGCAUCCUAAAGACAAAGAGUUUUCUUUUUUCUCACAUGUUUAUCACUCUUAUUCGAGAAUUGAUUAUUUUUUUAUAGACUCUUGUUUUAUUCCAUUGGUAAUCAGUUGUAACUAUGAUAUUAUAGCUAUCUCUGAUAAUGCUCCAUUAUUACUUUCUAUGAAAUUUACGGAUACAGCUUCUAAUGCUAGACAAUGGUGAUUUGACUCUACCUUGUUGCAAGACUCUGACUUUAUAAAAUUUAUGGAGGAGCAGAUCGACUUCUUCUUUUCAACUAAUUCUACAGAUGAUAUUUCCUGCGGAACACUUUGGGACACUUUUAAAGCGUAUAUACGUGGACAGAUUAUUUCUUAUUCUGUUGGUUUGAGGAAACGUACUAAGAUGGAAACUCUUUUAUUGGUUGAUAAAAUUAAAGAGAUUGAUAAGAAAUAUUCGAUUGCUCCCAGUAAGGAGCUUUACAAACAAAGGGUUGAACUUCAAAUGGAACAUAGUUUAUUACUUACAUCCUCGAUUGAAAAUCAAUUAAUGAAAACUAAAUCUGAUUUUUAUAUACAUAGUGAUAAAUCUGGUAAACUGUUAGCUAGUCAAUUGAAGAAUGCUCUGGUUAAACGUCAAAUCACUAAGAUUGGUCAGCAGAAUGGGAAUCUGACAGUUAAUCAUGAUGAGAUAAAUAAGGCAUUUCAAGACUUCUAUACCUCCCUGUAUCAAUCUGAAUUUCCUCAAGAUCAUAAUACCAUGUCUGAUUUUCUUGGGAAAUUAAAUUUUCCAAGAUUAUCAUCUGAUGAUCUUUUGAUAUUGGAUACUCCUAUUACGGAUGUAGAAAUUAAGGGGGCUAUUUCCUCAAUGAAUUCUGGGAAAGCACCGGGUCCGGAUGGUUAUACAGUUGAAUUUUUAAAAUUUUUUUCCGCUACUCUUCCCCCUUAGUUAGGUAAGGUUUUUGAGGAAGCCAUUAGAUUGGGGAAUUUGCCACAAUCUUUUUAUAGAGCUUCCAUUUCUUUAAUAUUGAAGAAAGAUAAAGACCCUACUAACUGUGCUUCUUAUAGACCUAUAUCUUUAUUGAAUGUAGACUCCAAGAUUUUUUCCAAGUUACUGGCAUCUAGAUUGGAGAAGGUAUUACCCAAAAUUAUUUCAGAUGAUCAAACUGGUUUUAUUAAAAAGCAUUAUUCUUUUUUUAACAUUAGGAGAUUGUUGAAUAUUGUUUAUACUCCCUCACAUGACACUUCAGAAUGCGUGAUUUCAUUAGAUGUGGAGAAAGUAUUUGAUUGAAUUGAAUGGCCUUACUUAUUUAAUGUGUUGGAGAAGUUUAAUUUUAGUCCGAUAUUUAUAUCAUGGAUUAAAUUGAUUUAUCAUACUCCAGUAGCCUCAGUGUUUACCAAUAAUCAAAGAUCUCCCUUUUUUCGCCUAUUUCGGGGCACUAGACAAGGAUGUCCUCUUAGUCCAUUACUAUUUAACAUUGCCUUAGAACCUUCGGCAAUUGCCAUCAGACAAUCACAGGAUAUUUUGGGUAUUAAUCGUGGGACAGAUAUUCAUAAGUUAUCUUUGUAUGCAGAUGAUUUAUUACUAUUCAUUUCUAACCCGGAGAAAUCCAUUCCAGCAGUUUUAUCAUUAUUGGCUCAAUUUAGUGAGUUUUCUGGGUAUAAGUUAAAUCUUAAUAAAAGUGAAUUGUUUCCUUUGAAUAAAUGGGUCCCAAUUUAUGGAAAUUUACCUUUUAAAUUAGUUAAUGACUCUUUUACUUAUUUAGGGUUCAAAAUCACAAAAAAACCAUAAAGAUUUAUUUAGAUUUAAUUUUUUACCCUUAAUUGAUCAGAUUAAAGGUUUGUUUACUAAGUGGUCACCUUUAUCUUUAUCCCUAAUAGGUAGGAUUAAUGCUAUUAAGAUGGUUAUUUUACCUAAGUUUUUAUAUAUUUUUCAAGCGAUACCAAUUUUUAUCCCGAAAUCUUUUUUUUACUAAUGUUGACUCUAAAAUUUCUUCAUAUAUAUGGCAGUAUAAAAAUCCCAGGUUAGGUAAAACAUAUUUACAGAAAACAAAAAAGGAAGGCGGGUUAGCAUUACCUAAUUUCAGAUUUUACUAUUGGGCAGUUAAUAUUAGAUAUUUGUUAUGUUGGUUGAAAGAUGGGGGUGGAUCUUUUGGCCCUUGUUGGGUGAGUUUAGAAACUAAAUCUGUAUCAGCUUAUGCUCUGGGUUCUAUUUUAGGGACUUCUCUCCCUUUUGCUCUUUCUAAAUUGCCGAAACGAAUUGACAACCCGAUAGUUAAACAUACUUUGUGUAUAUGGUUUCAAUUUCGGAGAUUUUUUGGGUUGACUCAAUUCGUUUUAAAUAGUCCUAUUGUAUCUAAUUGUUUUUUUCACCCUUCCAUUAUAGAUCAAGUUUAUUCGGCUUGGAAAACUAAGGGAUUACUAAGAUUUUCUGAUUUAUUUUUAGAUAAUUGUUUCAUGUCUUUUGAGCAAUUAUCCAACAAAUAUAACUUGCCUAGAUUUCAUUUUUUUAGAUAUUUACAGAUCAGACAUUUUUUAAGUUCUGUACUCUCUACGUUUCCAAAUUUUGUGCCUUCAGAUAUUUUGGAGAGUUUAUUUGAAUUAGACCCUUUUCAAAAAGGGCUUAUUUCAAAACUUUAUAAUAUAAUUAUGAAGAUAUGUUCAGAGCCUCUUUAUAAGACUAAAAAGGAUUGGGAAAGAGAGCUUAGUCUUAAUAUUUCUAGUGAGAAUUGGGAUAGAAUUCUUCAAUUAGUUAAUACAUCAUCGUUAUGUGCCAAACAUUCAUUAAUACAAUUUAAGGUCGUACAUAGGGCCCAUAUCUCCAAGGAUAAAUUAGCUCAUUUUUACUCUCAUAUUAGUCCUAUUUGUGAUAGAUGUCAUUCUGAAAUUGCGUCUUUAACUCAUAUGUUUUGGUCUUGUUCGUUUUUGGAGAAAUAUUGGAAAGAUAUUUUUGAUAUUAUUUCUGCGGUUUUGAAUAUCAAUUUACAACCUCAUCCUAUUACCGCAAUUUUUGGUUUACCAAUCUUAGACUCACUGCAUUUAUCUUCUUCUGCCCGUCGAAUGAUUGCAUUUCUAACUCUGAUGGCUAGAAGAUCUAUAUUGUUGAAUUGGAAAGAAAUUAAUCCUCCCACUGUAUUUAAUUGGUUCUCUCAAACUAUGUUAUGUUUAAAUUUAGAAAAAAUUAGAAGUGGUACUUUUGAGACUUCUAUUAAAUUUGAAAAGUUAUGGAGACCAUUUAUUCAACAUUUUCAUAUAAUGUAAUAUGACCCUGUGCCAAAUUCAUUUGAUUUCCCAGCUUUUAGCUUAUGUAUUUUGAGAGGACCGGAAGUGACGGCAUUGAUGAAUACUUAUUUUUGUGAGAUAUUAUAAACAGCCCCCUUUUUUUUCUCUCUUUUUUUUGCUUAUUUUUUCUUUUAUAUUAGUUAUUAGAUUAGAUUAGCUAGUUUUGCAUUAUAUUUUUUUUUGUUUUUUUUUCUUUCUUUUUUUCUGUUUUCUUUAUAUCAUAUAUUAUGAAAUAUUUAGACUUACUAUGUUCAUACAUAUAUUUUAUGGCUUAUGUCUCGGUAAACUCAUUUAUAUUGUAACUAUUAUGUAUUUUUUUUCAUAUGCAAUGGAAUUUAUAUGUUGGUAAUUUCUUUAUCAAUAUAUCAUUUGUAUUCUGUCCAUAUUACUAAUAUUAAUAAAAAGAUUUAGAAAGAAAGAAAGAAAAGCCCUUUUAGAUCCCAGCCAUCUCCCAUUCCAUGAAAACACUGCCUCAGUACAUAUUUUGACUUCUCUGAGAUGGAGGCACCCUGUUGAAUUGGAGAAAUCCAACAAUACACAAUCUCAAAUUCAGGAGAAAGCUCUGGAAUAUUUCUCGUUGGAGGAAUUAUGUUGAAUAUGGGGAAAGAAUAAAACCCUAGUGUGUUACCUCACGGUUUGGUCCAAGAAGACCAAAACAAUCAGAGUACAAUAUUCAAAAUGUACAGAAAAUACUAAACCAGGAAUGCACAAUUGCAUUUAGACCAUAAGACAUAGGAGCAGAAGUAGGCCAUUAGGCCUGUCGAUUCUGCUCUGCCAUUCAAUCAUAGGCUGAUCCAAUUCUUGCAGUCAUCCCCACUCCCCUGCCCUUCUCUCCAUACCCUUUGAUGCCCUGGCCAAUCAAUAACCUAUCUAUCUCUGCCAUAAAUGCGCCCAAUGACUUGGCCUCUACAGACUCUCAUGGCAACAAAUUCCACAGGUCUACCACCCUCUGACUAAAGUAAUUUCUCCGCAUCUCUUUUCUAAAUGGACGUCCUUCAAUCCUGAAGUUGUGCCCUCUUGUCUUAGAAUCCCCAACCAUGGGAAAUAACUUUGACAUUAUCGAAUCUGUUCAGGCCUUUUAACAUUCUAUGAGAUCCUCCCUCAUUCUCCUGAACUCCAGGGAAUACAGCCCAAGAGCUGCCAGAUGUUCCUCAUACGGUAACCCUUUCAUUCCUGGAAUCAUUCUCGUGAAUCUUUUCUGAAUCCUCUCGAAUGUCAGUAUACCCUUUCUAAAAUAAGAAGCCAAAAACUGCACACAAUACUCCAAGUGUGGUUUCGCGAGUGCCUUAUGGGGCCUCAACAUCACAUCCUUGCUCUUAUAUUCUUUACCUCUAGAAAUGAAUGCCAACAUUGCAUUCACCUUCUUCACCACCAACUCAACCUGGAGGUUAACCUUUAGGGUAUCCUGCACAAGGACUCCCAAGUCCCUUUACAUCUCUGCAUUUUGAAUUCUCUCACCAUCUAAGUAAUAGUCUGCCCGUUUAUUUCAACGCCAAGUGAUUAAGGCGUUGGUCCAGUGAUCGGAAGAUCGCUAGUUUGAGCCUCAGCUAAGGCAGUGUGUUGUGUCCUUGAGCAAGGCACUUAACCACACGUUGCUCUGCAACAACACCGGUGCCAAGCUGUAUUGGCCCAUGCCCUUCCCUUGGACAACAUCAGUGGCGUGGAGAGGGGAGACUUUCAGCAUGGGCAACUGCUGGUCUCCCAUACAACCCUGCCCAGGCCUGCGCCCUGGAAACUUUCCAUGGCGUAAAUCCAUGGUCAUCUGUGGAUGCCUAUUAUUAUUAUUUAUUUCUUCCACCAAAGUGCAUGACCAUACACUUUCCAACAUUGUAUUUCAUUUGCCACUUCUUUGCCCAUUCCCCUAAACUAUCCAAGUCUUUCUGCACUACCCGCUUGUCCACCUAUCUUUGUAUAAUCGGCAAAUUUAACCACAAAUCCAUUAAUCUGAUAGUCCAAAUCAUUGACAUACAUUGUAAAAAGCAGUGGUCCCAAUGCCAACCCCUGUGCAACUACACUGGUAACCAGCAGCCAGCCAGAAUAGGAUCCCUUUAUUCCCAUGCUCUGUUUUCUGCUGACUAGCCAAUGCUCCACCCAUGCUAUUAACUCCCCUGUAAUUCCAUGUAAGCAGCCUCAUGUGUGGCACCUUGUCAAAGGCCUUCUGAGAAUCCAAGUACACCACAUCUACUGCAUCUCCUUAGUCUACCCUGCUUGUAAUUUCCUCAAAAAAUUGCGGUAGGUUAUUCAGUUAGGAUUUUCCUUUCAGGAAACCAUUCUGGCUUUAGCCUAUCUUGUCAUGUGCCUCCAAGUAUUCCGUAAUCUCAUCCCUAACAAUCGAUUCCAACAACUUCCAACCACUGAUGUCAGGCUAACAGGUCUAUAGUUUCCUUUCUGCUGCUUCCCACCCUUUUUAAAUAGCGGUGUAACAUUUGCAAUUUUCCAGUCAUCCGGUACAAUGUCAGAAUCUAUUUAUUCUUGAAAGAUCAUUGUUAAUGCCUCUGCAAUCUCUCUAGCUACUUCCUUAAGAACCCAAGGGUGCAUUCCAUCAGGUCCAGGAAAUUUAUCCACCCUCAGACCAUUAAGCUUCCUGUGCCCCUUCUUAGUCGUAAUUUUCAUCAUACAUACUUCACUUCACUCUUGAAUGUCCAGUAUACUGCAGAUGUCUUCCACUGUGAAGACUGAUGCAAAAAACGCAUUCAGUUCCUCUGCGUCUCUCAUUACAAUAUCUCCAGCGUCAUUUUCUAUUGGUCCCAUAUCUACCCUCAACUCUCUUUUACCCUUUGAAUAUGUAAAAAAGCUUUUAGUAUCUUCUUUGAUAUUAGUUACCAGCUUCCUUUCAUAAUUCAUCUUUUCCUUCCAAAUGACCUUCUUAGUUUCAUUCAGCAAGUUUUUAAAAGCUCCCUAAUCCUCUGUCUUCCCACUAGCUUUGGCUUCUUUGCAUCACUAUUCACAUUUCUGCUUAAGACACCCAGAAUACUUUACAGCUCAAGAUGUAUUUCUAGAAGAUGAGCUGCUGGAGGUCAUACAUCAUUUAUGGAGGGAAACAGACAUUUGAUAUUUUGGGUCAAACCCUUUAACCAAAAUGUUGGUAGUCCAUUUCCCACCACGAUGCUGCUCAUUUCACUGAGUUAUUCCAGCAGCUGGUGUUUUGCACCAGGUUUCAGCACCUAUGUUCUCUUGUUCUCCGUGCCUUUCCAAGGUGCAGUCAUAGUUAUCGCUAAAGAAACACAACUCAGAAGAUAGCAAACAGAAAACUAGCAACUCAAAAACUAGAAAAGAGUUAGAAAAACAUGCAAGAUGGGCAGACUGGUGGUAAAACUGAAUGCUAGGAACUGUCAGUGCUGCACAGAGAUGGAAAAAUUAAUGAGAGAUGUGCUGUACAGAAGAGGUGCAGGGGAUAACAGAUUUAACAAAACACAUCCAAAUGAUUUUGACAAAUAAUCAGCAACCACUGAAUGGACCACUGAAUUCUAUCAUCAAAAUAAUCUGAAGCCCAAGAACAUUCUUUUUAAAGAAAAAUUAAAGACAAUAUAAUAACACUUGGAACACAACUGAGAUUAAGGAAAUAAAACAUUUUGUA